UCCCGCAUGUGCCGGGUAUAUAAACAGCAGAGACCCGCGUCUCCACAUUGCCGGUUCCCGACUUGUGAUCAUCCAACAUGAAGACUGCCGUGAUUCUCUGCACUCUGUUCAGCCUCGGUCUCUGCGACUCCCUCGUCCGGCAGUGUCGCCAGGACUGGGAGCUGGGUAAUGGCGAGAAGUCCUGCUACAAAGUCGUCAAGCUGCAGACGUCUUGGGCCCAGGCCUACAUGUGGUGCACGGUGCUGAGGUCUCACCUGGCCGACAUCACCAGCCAGUUUGAACAGGACUCCGUGGCCGACAUCCUCAAGACGAAGUACAGUGAUUACUACGAGCAGUUCUGGAUUGACCUGAGCGAUAUGUCAACUGAGGGUGACUGGCGUCUGAUGACCUUCAACCAAAACACGACCUUCACCCCCUGGAUCCAAGGUCAGCCCAACAACUACGACCAGGCUGAGAACUGCGCCCACAUCAACGCCAAACCUGAGAGGAACUUCAUGUGGAACGACCACAACUGUCAGGCUCAGCUCAACUUCAUCUGCGAGGCUUACCCCGAGGAGGUCUACGUGGACUAGACGUCACAUGAGCUGACCGUGUGUCAAGGAGUUGGUGUCAACGAUACAAUAAUUCAUUAUGUCUUUUCCUGUAUUUAAUAUAUACAUGUGUGUUGUCUUGUGUAAAUAAACUGCCCUUAUGAAACCUGA